GGCCCGAUAUGCCAUGCCUAUCGCCAAAACGAAAACAAAACAAACGUUUUUUGUACUUUUCAUAGGGUAAAUGCUUUACAUAGAUUUUAAGAGAAUAUAGCCAUGCAAGUGGAGCAUUGGGGCUCGCUGCCCGCGGAUGACGAUGGUGUCCAACUGACGCCGGACAAAUAUGUGCCCACGGCGGCCAAAAAACCCAAACUGGACGAGAUUCGUCUGCGCGGGGAAAUACAGCCGGAUGAAAAGCACCACACGGUAGAACUGAGGAGCGCCUUGGUCACCCAGACCAUCGAGGUGAUGAAACAGACCGAAGUUCUCCAAUCACUCAUCGAAACGUACUCCAACAAAAAUGGAAGUUCGAACUACCUGCUAAAUCCCUGCCUUAUGAUACCGGAGGUGGACUUUCCUCCGGAGAACGCCGCCGAGCUGGUGGGCAGCCAAAAGUUCCAGAAGCCCAUCUGGUUCACGCCCACCGUGGACACGCCGUACUCCCGGGGCGAUCCGCAGUCGUAUCCGGAGAUAUCCAGCACUGCCUGCCGCCAGGCGAUGCGCAAGGUGAUGUGCGGCAUGCUGCGUCUGGCCGGAUUCACCGACUGUUCCGAGUCGGCGGUGCAACUGCUGACGGAUGCCACCGAGGAGUUCCUGCGCAGCUUCAUCGGCGAGUAUCGCGGCAACUACGACACCCAGCCGCGGCUGCAAAAGUCGACGGUGCUUCAGCUAGUGCCUUUGGAACGUGCCCACACUGCACUUACGGGCACCUCGCUCACCCAGGUGCACAACUACUACAAGCACAAAGUGCUGGCCAGGAACCGAGUGGAGAUCGGGGAGUUCAACAGCGUGCUGCAGGAGUACGAUAAGCUGAUGAAGGAGAGCCAGAGCAGUAUGCAGAAACAGCACAACGAGUUCAAUGGCCACGACUUCCUCAACAUCCUGGACAACAGUGCCACCGGCAGCAGUCAGAGCAUCGGCGGAAACAUGGCGAUGGGCGAAAUGCUGCAGGAUCUGGGCGGGAGUACGGGCUCCAGUGGCACUGUCAGCUCCCAGCAGAUGCUGUACGGCCUGCUCGAUGGCCAGAUAUCGUCCAAUACCUCAAAUAUGACGGGAACAAGUGGCAAUGGCAGCACAAGUGGUAAUGGGAAUGGCAAUGGGGCCACAGUCACCAACUUUCACGCCACCUUUGAGUCAUGAUUAGGCUUAGGCAUCCUAACUUUUUUAACCACACCAUAGUCAUUUGUUAGAUAAGACGAAAGCAACUGGAAGAUGGAUUCGAUUUUUUACCUUAAGAGACUUUGGACUCUAGUUUGCACUUUAAUAGUAUCACAAAUCCAUUUCAUUGCCACAUUCUUAAUUAAAGUUAUAUUAAUCCAAAAUAUCUCAGACAUAGAUAUCUCUUAUAAUUAUAAUUAAAAGUUUCAAGUUUUGUAUUAACCGACUA